AUGAAGUUUUGUGCCAACAUUGCUGGCAAAGAUUUUAUGGAGCUCUUUAUUCACAUCAGCAGCACCAUAUUAAAGCUGGAGAGAGUCUGUGCGCUCCACAUGCCGGGACAAGUGUGCUUCAGGCCUGAUGACUGCAGGGUCAUCUAUGAUGCCAGAGUGUGGUGUGAGGUGAGGUGAGGUGAGGACUUCUUCCAUUGGUUUCGCAUGAAAGAUGUUUCAGAGGAGUUUAAUGAGAUUUAUUUAGAGCUGCCAUCUGAGCAUGUAUUCAGAAUGGUGAGAAGCAGAGGGAUUUCUGCCCUGAAGUCCCAGUUGACCAAUAAGCAACCUCACCAACUCACUGUGGCUGUGGAGCUGCUACUGCCCACAGGUUGGACUUUUGUGGUGGUACACAGUGAUUGGUAGUGUGUGAGGGUGCUUCCCAGAAUGGUGUGGGAAGAUUUCUGGGAGCCCAGUGUGCAAGCCUGUGAUGUUAGUGUUUAUUUUCCUGCUUUGAAGACUCUGAGGAGCACUAUAGUAAGGAUAGCAAACUUGGGUGAUCAAGUGCUGGUUGAAGCAAAUCUAAAUGGCAGAAAACUGAGGGUACAAACUGAUGUCGUGUCUAUUCAAAGUUAUUUUAACAAUCUUGGAAAUCCUCCAAAGUCUGCUCAGGAUAUGCCUCAAGACAGAAACCUGGAGAAUAUGGUUCAAGUACUAGCAGAGAGUAGGAAGCUUCUGCAGUUUAUCAAGGGACAGCAAAUAAAUCCUACAACAGCCAUAUGCGGUGUUUUGAGCAAUACUCUUCAUUGUGUUUUUAGUUCAUGAAGAUGUCUCUCUUUAGUAUUCUUGCCUCAUAAAAAUUCAAGCAGCCUAUAUUUUAUUUUUUUCUUUUUAAAGCUUAUGGUCUUUU